UGAAAAUCCUCACUAGCUUAGGAAUAAUAUUAUUGUUUCUCAAUGUCAUUCAAGUUACUUGCCAGGCGAUGCGGCACCAUAAGUUUGUGGUGAGAGAUGCUUCGUUCACAAAGCUUUGCAGCACAAAGAAUAUCUUAACAGUAAAUGGAGAAUUUCCAGGGCCAACAUUGUAUGUUACGAAAGGAGAAAGCAUAAUUGUUGAUGUGUAUAACAGAGCAAACUAUAACAUCACCAUUCACUGGCAUGGAGUGAACCAACCAAGAUAUCCAUGGUCUGAUGGCCCUGAAUUCAUUACUCAGUGUCCCAUUCAACCUGGUGCUAUGUUCUCUCAAAAGGUUAUCUUUUCUGAAGAGGAAGGCACACUUUGGUGGCAUGCUCAUAGUGAUUGGUCUCGUGCUACUGUUCACGGUGCUAUUGUCAUUCAACCCAAGCCUGGACAUACAUAUCCAUUUCCAAAGCCAGAUAGAGAGGUUCCAAUGAUAUUAGGUGAAUGGUGGAAGCAAGAUGUUGUCAAAGUUUUUGAUGAUCUUGUUUCAACUGGAGCAGAUGCUGCCAUCUCUGAUUCUUACACUAUCAAUGGUCAACCUGGUGAUCUUCAUCCAUGUUCUGCCAAUGAGACCUUCAAACUAAAUGUGGAACAUGGAAAGACAUAUCUUCUGAGAAUGAUCAAUGCUGCAAUGCAAGACCUUCUCUUCUUUGCAAUUGCUAAACAUCAAUUGACAGUGGUUGGAAGCGAUGGAAGCUAUGUGAAGCCAUUCAAAGUGGAUUACAUAACAAUAUCACCAGGUCAAACCAUGGAUGUGUUGCUUGAAGCUAAUCAACCUUUGGAUCAAUAUUACAUGGCUGCCAAAGCCUAUUCAAGUGCUUUCAAUGUUAGAUUUGAUAACACAACAACCACUGCUAUUCUUCAAUACAAGAAGGGAAUAAGCACUCCUCACAUGCCUUCACUUCCAUCUUUCAAUGACACCAAUUCCUCUGUCAACAUCAUAACUCAAAUGAGAAGCUUGGCAGAUGAAGCACAUCCAAUUAACGUGCCAUUGAACAUAACAACCAAUCUGUUCUACACAGUUUCAGUUAACUCAUUACCAUGUCCAAAUGCUACAAUCUGCAAAGGCCCUCGUGGAAAUAACCGAUUUGCAGCAAGCAUGAACAACAUCAGCUUCCAAUUUCUACCAAAAAAUAACAACGUUAACAUCUUGCAGGCUUAUUAUAACAACAUCAGUGGUGUGUUCACUGAAAAUUUUCCAGAUGUUCCACCACUACUAUUUAAUUUCACUGCUUCCAAUUUGUCCACAUUUCUUAGAACUCCAUCGGUGGAUACAGAGGUGAAGGUGGUUGAGUAUGGGUCCACGGUGGAGCUUGUUCUUCAAGGGACUAAUUUGCUGGCUGGUACUGAGCAUCCAAUGCACUUUCAUGGUCAUAGUUUCUACGUAGUUGGAUGGGGAUUUGGAAAUUAUAACAAAGACAAAGAUCCUUUCAAGUAUAAUCUCGUUGAUCCUCCUUAUCAGAAUACAGUGGCUGUACCUAAAAAUGGUUGGGUAGCCAUAAGAUUUCAGGCCAAAAAUCCAGGUGUAUGGUUCAUGCACUGUCAUUUAGAGCGACAUGUAAGUUGGGGCAUGGCUAUGACUUUCAUCGUCAAAAAUGGUAACAAUCCUAGACAACAAAUGCUGCCACCCCCUCCAGACAUGCCACGCUGCAAAUAA